ACGAAGAAGAAGAAGAAGAGGAGUAGCGCUUUUCUUGAGCGCCGAAGAAGAAGUCAACUGAAGAUGACACGAGCCCGGAGCUGAAUUAAAACAGUUUCUCUGCUGGUUCCAAUUGCGAGAGGGCGACUGGAAGUUUCCUCUCCACGCACUGCGCGUCAUCGCUGUCAGAGGACAUACAGCACGAGGGUGUUACAGUGGAGCCCCCCCCCCCGGUUGUUUGUGUUUACUACGGAGCUCUGAGGCCACUGCUGUGAAGAGGAGUCCCUGCCUGCUCCUGGUGGCGGUGUCCGACGUGAGGAGCCGACAAGAUGGACCAGAACAACAGUGUACCAGCCUUCCCGGGUCUGGCCUCCCCUCAGGGUGCCAUGACCCCGAGCAUGCCAAUCUUCAGUCCCAUGAUGCCAUAUGGCUCAGGCCUGACGCCCCAGCCAGUCACGAACACCAACAGUCUGUCUAUACUCGAGGAACAGCAGAGGCAACAACAACAGGCGCAACAACAACAGGCACAGCAGGCCAACACAGGCCUUCCGGGUACGUCAGGGCAGACGCCUCAGCUUUUCCAUUCCCAGACAGUAGCUGGUACAACCACCACAGCGCUACCAGGGAACACCCCGCUCUACAACACCCCGCUGACUCCCAUGACCCCCAUCACACCGGCCACACCUGCCUCAGAGAGCUCUGGAAUCGUACCACAGCUACAAAACAUCGUAUCCACUGUAAAUCUGGGCUGUAAACUCGACUUGAAGACCAUCGCCCUGAGAGCCAGGAACGCAGAGUACAACCCAAAGCGUUUUGCUGCCGUCAUCAUGAGAAUACGAGAACCCAGAACCACUGCCCUCAUCUUCAGCUCUGGGAAGAUGGUUUGCACUGGAGCCAAGAGUGAGGAGCAGUCGAGAUUAGCAGCCAGAAAGUAUGCUCGUGUGGUGCAGAAGCUCGGUUUUCCUGCCAAGUUCCUGGACUUCAAAAUUCAGAACAUGGUGGGCAGCUGCGAUGUGAAGUUCCCCAUCCGACUGGAGGGAUUGGUCCUCACACAUCAACAGUUCAGCAGUUACGAGCCGGAGCUCUUUCCGGGGCUGAUUUACAGGAUGAUCAAACCCAGAAUUGUCCUGCUCAUCUUUGUUUCUGGGAAAGUUGUACUCACAGGUGCCAAGGUGAGAGGAGAGAUCUACGAAGCGUUUGAAAGCAUCUACCCCAUCCUCAAAGGUUUCCGCAAGACGACGUAGGACCUGUCGUUUUCUUCUUUUAACAUCUCCCCAACCCAGUCUCUUUUACAUGGAUUUUUUAAAGAUACGUAGAAGUGUCAUCUACAUGUUGACCUCUACAAGUGGACUGCUCUAAGGGCUGUUGUGCAGGGAUGUGAACUAGUCACCUUUUACUUUUUGUCCUUCCUCUUUCCUUUUAUUUUUUUAAGAAAAAGGACUUUUGGACCUUUUUUGAAAGGUUCUGUGUUUUGACCCCGUUCCAUUUAUUUCCAGCUGUUUUCAGAUUGUUUGAUCACAUCCCUCAUUGUACAUAAGACUGUAAAGAAAAUGUAAAAAUCGCUAAGUGGAAGAGAGGCGGUCUGACCGGGAGUAUUGCUGUUCUUAUUUUAUGCAUUUUUAAAUAGUUUUCUACAUUGCAUUUUUAGUACUUGUCUGCUCUAUCUCCCAGUUACAUAAAGUUGUGUUCAGGUCUGUCAGCCCCACAUUCCUAUCACAGUAUUUACUGAGAUUUAAGUUCCUCAACACUGUUGAUAUCAAAUCAGUCUGGUAUUUGAGUUUGAUCCAUAAACUAAAAAUGUACAUUUAAAUCAAUCUGAUCUGGCUCCAGCGUAGUCCUACAUUCAUAAAUAUUGUUAAGUGAUUUUUAAUCUGGUUUUAACAUGAGACAUAAUAAUCUAUUGUUAGUCAGCUGUCACAAUUUGGCUGCUCUUAAAUUUAGAAUCUGUCCAAGUCCCGCUGCUGUGUAGUCCUGUUUCACAGUUUUAGAAAAAGGCCAAACCUAAAGGGAAUGAUGCUCCUCGACUGUUUGAGCAAACAGGACACCUUGUCCUGUUAGACAGAAUUUUUGUUUUCUUUCUAGAAAUUCAGACGAAUACGACCGAAAUUGGAAGAAAAGUGUCGGGUGGAACAAUAGGCUGACUAUUUCUUAAAUUCAUUAGCACUAAAAGACAGUGUGACAGCAGAUAAACUACAAAUUGCUUUGCCAUUUUAAUUUAUUUUAAAGUUAAAUUUUUUGGGCUAUUCAAAUCUAUAUUUAAACAUUUUCCUUUUUGAAAUUAUUAUUUUUGAGCAUUUGCAAAUGUUAAUUUGUGUUGGUUGUUCACGUUCUUUGUUCAAUCAAAAAUCUACAUUUAAGAGUUUAAGUUUUGGGCACUGGUCUGUUUUGUGUGUCACACAGAGUUUCAACUGGACACAUCCUUGAUAACAAUGUAAAAGUUAAGCAAUUAAAUAUAAAAUUUGGAUUCACAAUAUAUUUGGUUUCACCACGUGUUUUCGUCUCCUAAUAUUUGUACGGACAACUCUGACGAAGACAUGGGGUUGAAUAUUUCUCUUCUGCACGAGUAUGAGCCCCGUCACAUUUAAAUGCAAUUCUGCUUCUUCUGAAACUGUUGAUGCUCUGCACUGUGCAUUAAUAAAUGUGUAAAUACUGA